AUGCAUUCAUUGUCUAGUCGAUACCUGCUCACGUGCCGCUACUGGGCGUUUGGACCUGGAUGUCCCGAUGUCGAUGCCCACGGUGUUCAGACAUGCCCAUACGCACAUUGGGACACAGGCCGCCUGGUCGAUUUCUACGAGCAGCGGGGUACUUGUUAUGACUGGUUCCACAAACGGGUCUGUCCCUUCGGUACUAGUUGCUCCUACGAGCAUCGUGACACUGGGGUCAUGGGGCUCAAUCAAGGCAUGCUUGUGCUGCAUGGCCUCAAUCUGGAGAUUGCAGACGCUGCGAAUAGGUCCGGCUUCAAUACACGCAAUCAGGUGGCUCUGAUGGACUUGAUUUGGGCGGUACGUCGUAUCGCCUUCAGACAUGCAGUGGAGCGUCCAAAGAUAAAACGUCCGCCCAAACAUGCCGUCUAUCCCGAUCGAUAUCGUCCUGGGGACCCUAGUGACAACACCAUGAGGCCGAGGAAGAGAGGGAGAGAGCACGAAGCACAAGUACCUGGCAAAGGCACGUGUGACAACCCGAUCGAAAUUGCCAACGAUGAUUUGGAAGCAGGUGAAGCAGGCACCACAGCAAACUCAUCUGCAAAGAGGUUGAAAGUGGCGGUAGGCCAGAUCGGCCGUCACAAGGUAGAGUUGCCGAGCACAGCAAAAGUCCUCAAUCCUGUCCAUCCUACCAAAUUUCAGAGUUCUUCGAAUGCCCGCCAUGAACGAGGCCGAACAGAUGCACGGAAAACAACCUAUAUGCCGUCUCCAGGCUCCUUGAAUCUUCCUCCGCCGCGGCCCUCAUCUGUCGGACCUAUCUUCAACACUGCCCGCCCCUUAGUCCCAGAUCCUCGUGACAGGACCGUAGUAGAACUCCGGAAGGUUGGGAACACUCUCAAAGACAACAUUGACGCUGUACUUGAGUGCAGCCGGGUCAUGAAAGCCAUGUACGAGAGGGAUGACAGACUCGGAAAUGACAUCAUCUACAAGGAGCUGGGCAGUCUGAAAGAAACGUUUGACAGCUGUCUCGGUGACGCCGAAGUAGGCAUCGUGACCAUUAAGAAGGUCAUAAGUCUUCUGGAGGACAACAAGGAUCACGUCAUGGCGUCUGGAGAUCAGAGACUCGUCGACGACGGUGUGAGAAGUGUGAGCUUAUGCCACUGUUACCGGAAUCAGCUGAGCAAGAAAAGCGUGGAGCAUCCGAGUGCUGGUGAAGGGGGAGGGCGAAGCUUGGCUAUCCUGCUGUGGCCAUGGACUGCGAAGGAUGAGAGGUUGAAUCGGAAGUCGAAUGAUUGUGAAAUCAGAGCUUCUAGCUGGACAGAGACGUGGAAGGAUAAGGACGAUUGA